UCAGACUCUCUCUCUCUCUCUCUCUCCUGUGUCUCCAGACUGAAGUCAUGGAAUCAGACAUCACUUCAUGUCCUGCAGUCUGAUCCUCUCAGGAAUCCUCGGAUCUGAUGGGACAUUUAAGGAUGUUUUUCCCUGAUGUCUCAUAUUCACUGCUGUUGUUGGGAAUCUCGUGUCUGACUGGCUUCACUAAGACUUCACAGGAGUUCUCAGGUUAUCUGUCCCGUGUGCUGAGGAAUUACACCGAACAGGCGUGUGACGGAGAAUUCCUGACUGUCCGCUGCCCGCCCAGAACCUCCAUCACCGUCCAAUCGGCUUUCUACGGCGGACAAGACCCCACCCACUCACUUCAGUGCCCAUCCACUUAUAGCAGUGCUGGAACACACUCAGUGAAUGACAUCACUUCCUGUCAUGUGUCAACAUCUUUGCAGAAGAUGUUGGAUGAAUGUGAGGACAGGCGGAGAUGUCAGGUUCUUGUCAACAGUCGUUUGUUUGGGACGGACCCCUGCCCGACCAUCAGCAAAUACCUCAGUGUGCAGUACAAGUGCAGGCCGAAUGAGUAUAAGAGUAAAGUGGUGUGUGAAGGGGAGCGGUUGCGCUUGGGCUGUAAGACGGGGAUGCAAAUCGCGGUUUAUUCCGCCAUGUUUGGCCGCACGCAGCAGGGCACACUGGAGUGUCCUCCACACCACCGGAGAGCGCCGUCUGUCGACUGCUCGUCAGACGUGGCUCUGCAGGUGAUGACAUCACGUUGCCAGGGGAAACGUUCCUGUGUGGUCCGCGCCUCUGUACAAGAGUUUGGAGACCCCUGUUACCGUGGCACUCGCAAAUACCUCAGCGUGAUCCACACCUGUGUGCCAAAGAAACUCGUGCAGGAGUCGAUUUCCAGGCAUCCGUCGUUCCCCUCUCCCCCAUCAGUGCCUCAUGACCCCAACGUGGUGGGAGACAGCGCCCCUCCGGACGGGACCCCGUCUCUGACCUCUGACUCCGCGCCAGGGAAGUCGACGCGAGGCCGGAGUUCUGGUCCUUAUUCAGAACAGACGGAUCGGUCUGGAAAAAGCGAUCCGAACCCAACCAUCUCCACCGUAAUCAGACCAGCCAUGGCUCUCAUCAGCAGCAUGCUGACGGCCUACACCUACAUCACAGAGCACCCGGAGCGAUGUGCGCUGUAUUUCAUGUGCGGUGUGUGUGCCGGUCUGUUCCUCACGCUCUUCGCGCUGGUGGUUCAGAUUUCCUGCCGUAUGGACUGUAAACGGCGUCACGGCGUCGCUAAGAAGCGGCCAAGACCCACGGACUCUGACAGCGACACCAGUGACUCUGAUUCUGACUGGGACUCGAGCUCAGACCUCUCGGUCCGCCGGCACCGGCGCUUCGAGCGCACGCUCAACACCAACAUCUUCACAUCGGCGGAGGAGCUGGAGCGAGCGCAGCGGCUGGAAGAGAGAGAGCGAAUCAUACGGGAAAUCUGGAUGAACGGACAGCCGGACGUCCCAGGAACGCGUAGCCUGAAUCGCUACUAUUAGAGCGCCGCCUCUGAUCGGACACAUCCAGAUGGGAAGCUAACAGGAGUUUCCUGAACGCUAAAGUGUUUGCCACGUGUGGCAUUAAACUGCGCAUUUCCUUUGCAGUGGAAAUAAGCUUUAGGUUGCGGCGUGCUUUAUCCGUAACCUUCCGUAUGCAGAGGUGAAUGCUGCAUUUCCACCAGUGGGAUGUGGAAAUAUUCCUACUUGAUGUCCGACAUCUUGCAGUUGUGAAUUUACGCAAGUUGGAAGUUUCGUUCCACUGAACUUCGAAGUAGAAAGUUGGACAUUCCAAUUUUUAGCAUUGAAUGGAACGCAGGAUGCGGCUGAAGCUAAGGCUCAUGGGAGAUGUAGUUCAUUUGAAACUGGCUCUAGGAGUCUAUAGGCAGCUCUGAGAGGUGUGAUAAGCUCUAAGCACUGUGAUUGGUCCAUCACUCUGCCUGUCAAACAGUGAGGACCGCCGUAUGUAGGGAGAGGUGUCGCCAAAUUAAGUGCCUUCCAGUUUGAUCUGACAAAAUACACAUAUACAGUGGGGCUAGUGUGUUUGGACACUUACAAAUAUCUGAAUGUCAUUGCAUUAGCAAACAAAUAUAACAAACCAGGCUGCAUUUGCAAACAAAUGAUGCUAGAGCUUCACUUUUCUGCGUCAUUGACUUCGCUGUGUCACAAUGCAUUUUUCGGUAACACUUUUCAAUAAGGCUCCAUUAGUUAACAUGAACUAACAAUGAAAUAUAUUUUAAAGCAUUUAUUAAUCUCAGUUAAUGUUAAUUCCGACAUUUACUAAUACAUUAUUGAAAUAAUUUAAUGAAAAUUUUAUUUAAUGAGAAAAAAAUCUGUUAAUAUUAUUUAAUGGAUCUGAGCUAAUAUGAACUAACAAUGAACAAUUUUUUUAAAUUAACGUUAACAAAGAUUAAUAAAUACUGUGACAAAUGGAUUGCACGUUGUUAGUUCAUUUUAGUUAAUGCAUGGGACCUUAUUGUAAAGUGUUACCCAUAUUUCAUUUUUAUCACUAUGUAAUUAAAUUAUUUAUCAUAUUUUUUAUGGUUUGCUUAAAGUCUGCUUAUGCUGUCAUACUUUAAAAUAAAUGCAAGUUUGUUUGAUAUUUUACUAUCAAAUGCAAUGACAUUUGUACAUUUUUAAGGGUGACUUAAGUGUCCAAAUAAUUUUGUGUGUAUAUAUAUAUAUAUAUAUAUAUAUAUAUAUAUAUAUAUACAUAUACACAUCUCAGCCUUAUUGAAAUCUAUUUUAUAUUUAAAAAGUUUUUGAUACCACUAUUUUUUUGGAUGAAUUAUUUUUAUACUGAUUGCUCAGGGAUGCAAUCCAAGUGUUCUGUGUAUAAUCUUCUAUUCUUAAAGGGGAUGAGAGACAUUGAAAUGUUCCUGCAUAGAUGCAACCGUAGCCUCAAAGAGGUUCUUAUAAGAACGUGACGUGUGCCUUAAACACAGAGCGCAUCUGCCAACACAGUUAAUCACUCGAUGACUAUAUUCAAUGCUUUCUGUGUGUUACAACUGUGGUUAAUGUGUUUCUGUUACAUGUCAUGAGGGCUCAGAAUUCAUGCUGAUGUUACUAAACCAUAAAUAACGUAUUUUACGCUCUUAAAAAUAAAGGUUUUCUAAAGAACAAAAAAAAAAAAAAAAAAAAAAACUACAGGUAAAUAGACUACCAUUUACCUUUCCUUUACUCAACAUGUAUUGCAUUGUGACUUUGAAACGUAAAUUUAUACGUAAAUUAGGCAACAUCCCUCUGGUGCUCUUUGUGUGGCUCUUCGUACUAUAUUUUAGUUUGAUAAUGCUUUUUUUUUUUUUAUAUAUAUAUAUAUAUAUAUUGUAUUUUAGGGGAUUUUAUAGUACUAAAUUAUAUUUAUGGAAUAGUUAUGAUCCAUUUAUUUCCUGUUAAUCGCUUUUUGAGCAAAGACCUGAAAAUGAAAUUUCCAACUAAACUGUCAUAAAUCUGGUUUGGAGACUUUUUAAGUUUGGUAGUUUGGUCUCUUUUUAAAGAAGACGCUUGGCAGAUUAUUGCUGAAGUGAAAAAAGUUUUAAAAAGUGAACUUAAAAAAUAAUUUGAACUGAAAUUUGAACUUAAAAAAACAUUUAUUAUGAAAAAAUACUAAAUAUAAAAAUACUAUUUUUAAUUUUUAUAUAAAAUAUAUAUUUUCCAAAACACGUUUUACUGUAAAACUGAGAGAAAAUCAAAGUCAUAAAUCUAAACAAGUUGUGUUACAAAUUUGAGCUUGACAUCUCAAAAAAUUAGCUUUCAGUAAGAUUUUGUUUGGGCGCAGUACCAAAUGUUUCCACUAGAUGAAAUUUGUUUCCAAUGCACUCAUUUUUGACCAUGAACAAUACAAGUGUGACUAUUUUUUUCAGGGCCAUUUAACCCUUUUUGUAAUCAUUUCCAUGAUUUUUUUGUUUUUCACGUAGCAAGUGCCAAAACCUUUUUGUAAAGUUUUGUAUCAUUCUGAUAAAUUUCUAAAAAAAAAAAAAAAAAAAAAGACCACCAGAGGUUAAUAUUCUCAGAAACUGAAUAUUAUAUCAAAAUUAAUUUGGGCCCCACAUAAAAUGUCAAAAGAAAAUGUGGUCACAAACUCAGCAGGUGGUAAAAAUGUAAUAAAAAUAUUUAAUAAGACAUUUUAUUUAAUUUUUAAGAUAAAAUGGCUUAUAAAGAAUUAGGAAUCUCUAACUAUUAUUAAAACCAAUACAAAGAUCCUAACCAAUGUUUAUGUAAUAGACAAAGCAGAUACAAGUCAUAAAAGUUUGGUAAAGCCUGUAGUCUCCAUCCUCUCACUGAAACCUUUAUUUUUAAGAGCACAUGCCCACACAGCCAUCAUUUUAGAAGUAAUAUGUAAGGUUUUUAUUCUCUUGUCACUCAAACCAAGCCAACACAUGAAGUGACUCAACAUUUGUAUGCAUGUGGAUUGUUUGUUUGCACCUGAGCUCUUAAAUCUUGUAAAGCGGCAGGAUGUUUGUGUUGUAAUCCAUCACAGACUUGUUUGUGUACUGCUGGUGUUUUAUUUUCCAGUAAUAUUUCAGCAUGGCUUUUAUAGGAAUAUCAGCUCAUGGACAGAGCAGGACCUGUGGGAGGUUUUGUUUUGAUUGUAAUGGAGCAUUAAAUAAACUGCAUUGAAUAAACUGAACUUAUAGCGCCA